AUGUCUGCAUCAGCGAGUCCGGAACCUCAUACACCUGAAAAUAAUCCCUCGAGCGUUACGAAUGGUUCAUCGACUCCGAACUCAGGUAAGUCCAAGGCUGGUAAGGGAGAUGACGCACCAAGGCCGCAUGUGUGCCCUAUCUGUGGAAGAGCAUUCCAUAGGCUGGAACACCAAACUAGACAUAUGAGAACCCAUACGGGUGAGAAGCCACAUGCGUGUGACUUCCCGGGAUGUGUCAAGAGAUUUAGUAGAAGUGACGAACUCACAAGACAUAGAAGAAUACAUACGAACCCUCUGCCUAAGGGUAAGAGAGGUAGGAAGAAGAAGCCUGAAACCAUUUUGGCUGAACAAAGAGCACGUGAAGAGGCAGAGAGGAACAAGAAUAACCCCAACUAUAAACCACCCAGUAAGAGCAGUCUGAGGAGGAAGACGAAACGUAACACCACAUUCGAGCUUGGUGAAUCUACGCCAAGUUCAAGCCUCACGCCACCACAACAACCAAACCCCCAAGUCCAAUUACCCAGCUCACCUAUGGUUGGUGAUGAAACAACAAACGCCCCACAUUCCGAUGGCAUGACACCUAUAGAACCUCAAAGAUUCUUAUCAUCGCCACCGAACCACGUCAGGCCUGUCUUUGGCAGUGCCAACAACAGUAACAGCAGCAGCAGAAUACGGCUUAACGCGUUGUCUUCAUUACAGAUGAUGACGCCUCUAUCUGGCAGAAACAGUAGCUCCACUAUGAAUCUAUCACAGCAAGCGUCAACCACGUUCUUGGAUAAUCCCGAUGGCUCUAAGAAUCAAAACAUCAUCCUACCAAGACCAAAAUCUUUGACAGAUUUCGCAUCCAUGCAUGCAAAUGGCAGUUCUACCAACUUAACUACAUUAAUGCAGCAACCCAAUAUGGGCAACUUGAUGAAACGUCCGAACUCGGUAUUGAGUCUGAAUGAGUUGGUGACACAAUCGGGUGCGGGCACACAUGGUUAUGACACAGGGAACAAUUCAUCUCUAGAGGAAGACGACCUCAAGGACCCUGAACUAGAGAACGACCAAUUACGAAAGAAGUCGAAGACAGCUACACCUACAACUGGCUUGAGCAGAUCCGCAAGUGGCCUGAACCUCUCUUUGAAGACGAAGUCACUAACAAACAUGCAAGACAUGAACAAAGUAAACGAGAAACUGCUACAAUACCAGAAAAACGUGGUUUCCCCACAAAUAGCUCCACAGGACGGCCUCCCACCAUUGAGAAGUUUGCACUUGCAAUUUCCAACUGGUUGA